AACGAUGCGCAUGCGCAUGACGGCAACUCUCAUCGACAGUGCCGCGAGUUACCGCCGUUUGUUUUGUGGUUUUGUGAAAACAACUUAUUGUUUGUGCAAACUUUUUGGUGCUGUUUCAUUAAUAUGAGGUAAGAGUGAACUUUGUCCUGACCGACUCACAGAUAUCUGCCAUGGCUACCACGUCCAAACGAAUAGUGUACGUCGGCGGUCUUGCCGAGGAAGUGGACGAGAAGGUACUCCACGCUGCUUUCAUCCCAUUCGGUGAUUUGGUUGACGUUCAAAUCCCGCUAGACUAUGAAACCGAAAAGCACCGAGGGUUCGCAUUCGUCGAGUUUGAACAGGCCGAAGAUGCAGCAGCUGCGAUUGAUAACAUGAAUGACUCCGAGCUCUUCGGCAGGACAAUCCGCGUGAACGUAGCAAAACCGAUGAAGAUCAAGGAAGGCUCUACUCGACCCGUUUGGGCUGACGAUAGCUGGCUCAAAGAACACGCUGGCGAAACGCUGCAGAAAGAUGAAGACAAUGACGAAACCGAAGCUGACACCACUGAGCAGUCCAGUGACACUACAGACGAGUCAGCGCCCAAGAAGAGCAAAUCAAAUAACCCCAUAGUCUUUUUAGAGAUCAAGAUAGAUGGGCAAGACGUUGGUCGAAUUCGUAUUCUGCUGCACAAGGACGUUGUGCCCAAAACAGCGGAAAACUUCCGCUGCCUCUGCACCCACGAGAAGGGGUACGGCUACCAGGGCAGUAUUUUUCACAGGAUCAUACCGGGCUUUAUGUGCCAGGGAGGAGACAUCACGAAUCACAACGGCACGGGAGGAAGGUCCAUCUAUGGGAAGAAGUUCGAAGACGAGAACUUUGAGCUGAAGCACGUGGGUCCUGGUGUUCUCUCUAUGGCUAACUCCGGCCCGAAUACAAACAGUUCACAGUUCUUCCUCACAACGGGAAGGACUGAAUGGCUAGAUGGGAAGCACGUUGUGUUUGGGCAGGUUGUCAGUGGCAUGGAGAUUGUGAAGAAGAUGGAGGCGUGCGGGUGUUCGUCAGGAAAGGUGUCAAAGCGUGUGCAAAUUGCGAACUGCGGCGAGCUGUAGAAAAUAAAAUUUUGAAACGG